UAAAUUAACCGCUCAGCUUUCUGCCUUCAAAUUCAGUAGCCAUGGCAUUACAGGGAACACUUCUCUGGCUUUGCUCACUAGCAGUCUUGUCCUCCGCUGCAGCUCAAGAUAGAAGCUCAGCUGACAAUUGCAACUCGGACACUCAGCACUUGGAGGAUCUGUCGGCUGCUCUCAAGGUGGCGGUAGAGUGCGGUGAAAACCUGCUGUCUGCAUGGAGUCCGGUGCAGACAGCUUCAUUACUGCUGUCCAUGAGGAACCUGACAGACACUUUGCACAAACACCAGCUGAAAGAGUGCCGCAGUGCUGAGCCACAGAAAUGCCCCGAAGCAGAAGUUCCCAACAAUGGAGGGUUGGCAUGCGUCACAUUUGCCAACAAGCGCUACUGCAAACCUCUGUGCAACCAUGGUUACGAUUUUGCUUUUUUGAGGCGGAGUCGUUUGUUUGAUGAAUGCAGUGAGCAGACGGGAUACAAAUGGCAGAGUCAGUACAUCGGAGGAAACAAGCUGGCUGUGUGCCACGAAUCACGAAUCCAAGUUUCAGGAGCAAAGACGGCAUAUUUUCCUAAAGAUCAGGACUGCCUAACAACGAAGGGCAGCAGCCAACUGCAGAGCAGCGUCAGUGAAGAGUUGAGCACUGAGCUGCAGCUGCAGGGCGUACAGGGAGAGCCACAGUACGCCUGCCUUGUAUGUGGAUGAGCAAAAUGCAUCUACGUCAUGAAUGUCGCAGUGUGCAAGUCCCUCUAAGUUGCAAUG